AGCGCAGGGAUUCCCCUGUCCCUAAGCAUAAACCGUUUUCGUCCCCCUUGUUGUCGUUACGAAGUCAGUAGCCUAAUUGGCAAUAUGAUGUCGUUUGAUUUAUUAUUUUGCCAGAUGGAGUGUCGGGGGACAUUAACCACUCGCUUUUAUGUCGACCGUGUCUUGGUGGUAGACGAGUUACGUCACUUUAAACGUGUGGGAUUUUGAAUUCAGUCUGGCAGCCCCGGUACGCAGCGUGCGCUUCAUUUUGGAGGCAAAACGGUAGCCUUAUUUAUCGAGAGCGUGAACUCAUCGGUGUUUCAAGAAGUUUCUACGAAGUCAUAUCAGAUAUCAAACCAGAAAAACAAUGCGUAUAUAUUUUUGUGGUAGCAUCCGCGGAGGGCGACAGGACGUAAACAUUUAUCAGAGAAUUGUGAAAAAAUUACAAACGUACGGCAAAGUUCUAACGGAGCAUGUCAGCCACGGUGACAUUUCUGAAAAAGGUGAAGAUUCAGCACUAAAGGGGGAUCGUGCCAUCCACGACCGAGACAUGGAGUGGCUCGUGGCGGCCGAUGUGAUAGUGGCCGAGGUGACGCAGCCCUCUCUUGGCGUCGGGUACGAGCUGGGGCGAGCGGUGGCCAUGCACAAGAAGAUUCUGUGCCUCUUCCGACCCUCGUCUGGACGAGUCCUGUCUGCCAUGAUCCGGGGUGCCGACGGCGAUUCUCCGAGCUCUGCGCUCCAGGUGCGAGACUACAGCGAGGAUGAGGUGGAGACGGUUCUGCAGGAGUAUUUCAGCAGCCUCACGCCCAGCGUUGAAACACGUUAACGUGCGAUCUUGCAGGACCUCUUACACCUGUGAUGGCAUGACACCUGUGCACUGCUGUAGCUACCAUCAGCAAACGUCAGACAACGUCACUUUCCACAUGUGCUCCUUUAAGCAGAUUGUUUUCAGACGACGCAUAUGCAGCAAGUCUCUUAUUUUUUUUGAAAACUGAAAGCAACAUGCAGAAAACUGAUAACAACGAGUUGACACUUCAUAGCUACGCAUGGAAUCGAAGCAGGUUGGGGUGAAAAGGGGUCAAUGUAAAUUUUUAUUUUUUUUUGGAAAUGGUUUGCUGGUCUGAUAAGCAAUGGUAAUAAACAGUAUUACGGUC